AUGGAGGAACAAACCACUAAAAAAUUUGAGGAAAACAGAAGAAUACAUACUUAUCCAUUGCUGAAACAUAGUGAUAUGAACGAAGAUAUGCAGACUGAAGUAAUGGAACUGUGUGUAACUGCAUGCGAAAAAUUUUCCACUGAUAACGAGGCAGCCUCACGUUUUGUAAAAGAGUCAAUGGACAAAAAGUUUGGUGCAGCCUGGCAUGUGGCUAUUGGAGAAGGUUUCGGUUUUGAAAUUACAUAUGAUAUCAAAAACAUUCUGUACAUGCUCUGCGGUGGAAAUUUAGGCAUUAUUGUUUGGAAGUGUUGCUAAUGAUAUGUGGAGACCGCAAGCCACGAUUGGGACGACAGUCUAUAUAGGGUGAAAAAAGCAUUUUUUUUGUCAAGAAUUCUAAUUCCCCUAAAAAGCCUUUCUGUGUGGAAUUUUCAAACUUCUGCUACCAUUCCGAAUUUCGCUUGGUGAAAAUUAAUCAUAGUGACAAAUUAACUGUUGAAAAAAAGAUUUUCUUUUCUAUUGCUGUUCACUACCUUGAAACAAUCAUGUAACAUUUUAUAUUCCCCUAACAAGAUACAGAACGUUAACUGGUAUUAA